GUGAUUUAACAUGGCGGAAAAUGGUGGUGUAGCAGCUCCGAGCCCGCGGGGGCGUGCGGAUGGGGAGGACGCUGAGUCCCCGGAAGAGCGAAUGGCAGCAACGCCGAGAGAUGAUCAGGAGCAGUUCGAGUGCCAGGAGCUGCUGGAGUGCCAGGUGCAGGUGGGGGUCCCGGAGGAGGAGGAAGACCCAGGCCCAGUGGCCGAGGCUGAGGCGGUAGCUGCCGGCUGGAUGCUCGAUUUCCUCUGCCUCAGCCUUUGCCGGGCCUUCCGCGACGGCCGCUCUGAGGACUUCCACCGGACCCGCGACAGCGCCGAGGCUAUUAUUCAUGGGCUGUCGAGUCUAACCGCUUAUCAGCUGAAAACUAUAUACAUAUGUCAGUUUUUGACAAGAGUUGCAGCAGGAAAAACCCUUGAUGCACAGUUUGAAAGUGAUGAACGAAUUACACCCUUGGAAUCAGCCCUGAUGAUUUGGGCCUCAAUUGACAAGGAACAUGACAAACUUCAUGAAGAAAUACAGAAUUUAAUUAAAAUUCAGGCUGUAGCUGUUUGUAUGGAAAAUGGCAAUUUUAAAGAAGCAGAAGAAGUCUUUGAAAGAAUAUUUGAUGACUCGAAUUCUUGUGAGUCUUUAAAAAGGAAAUUGCUUAUGGUAAUCUCUCAGAGAGAUAUAUUCCACUCCAUUUUUCAACACUUCAGCUACAGCCACAUGAUGGAGAAAAUUAAGAGUUAUGUGAAUUGUGUAAUAAGUGAAAAAUCAUCAGCCUUUCUUAUGAAGGCAGCAGCAAAAGUAGUGGAAAGUAAAAGAGCAAGAACAACUUCUCAAGAGAAACCUGAUGGUAACAAUAUUGAAAUGGAAACCGAAGCUAAUUUGGAUGUAGAGAAAAGUGUUACUACUGACAAACAGUCUGCCGUAACUGAAUCCUCAGAGGGUACAGUGUCCUUAUUGAGGUCUCACAGGAAUCUCUUUCUAUCUAAGUGGAAACCCGGAAGCCGACAAGAUUUUAAUAAGAAAGAGGAAAGAGUGGAAACUCUUCAAAAUGGAGGAAAGGAAAAAAACAGACGAGCCACUGAAAGAAGGAGAAGACACAUUUUGCACAAUCAGCCGAUAACUUCUAAAAGUCGAUCUAGGAAAAAGCAGGCAUGGCUUUGGGAAGAAGACAAGAAUUUGAGAUCUGGUGUGAGGAAAUACGGAGAAGGAAACUGGUCUAAAAUACUGUUACAUUAUAAAUUCAACAACCGAACAGGCGUCAUGUUGAAAGACAGAUGGAGGACUAUGAAGAAGCUCAAACUGAUUUGCUCAGACAGUGAAGACUGAGUGUGUUUGUAAAAGCUUGGUAAAAGGACAGUAAAUAUUUUGAUCACGGAAUUCUA